AUGGCACCCGCAAGCGAGCAAACAGAGCCAAAUACAAAAACUCAACCAAAAGAACAAGCUGCUGAUUCAGAGUCACAACAAAACAUUCCUUCACUACCAAAUAAUUCGCUUCAUACAACCUCCAAUCUUCCGACACCUCUGUCUAUAUUUGGUUUUCGAUCAUAUCUUCGUAACUUUUAUGAACCUACAAUGCCUAGCAAUGGUAAUAGCAGCUCGAUUUCACCGAGAAAUGAAAAACCAAAGCUAGACGAAAUAUGUCUACAAUGGUGUCUACAAAAAGAUACGUAUAGAAAUGAGGGAAAAGAACCUGACUGUCGGAUGCUCUGUCUGAGACGUAAAAAAGUGAAAGAGAAACAAAUGUUUGUAAACGGUGAAAUCAGUGAAGACGGAAUCAAGGAUACAAUUAGCAUUAAAAAGGACGUUGAUAACGGAGGAAAAGGGAGAGAUAGUGUUGAGCCUAAGACAUCGGGAGAGCAUCUACAGUAUCGAUCACGUUGGAAUUUUCUAGAUGGUUAUCAUUUAGCAUAUAUUAAAGGUGCAGAAUCAUGUCAAUCGCAUACCGAAGAAAUGAAAGGUAGCAUUCCAAAUGCCUCUUCUGACAACACCAAUACUCUUACAGAAGAUCAAACACAAUCUACUAAAAAUCGGACACCUCAGAAAUCUACUAAAGAAUACGAAAUUGAUCUCGGCGAAAAAUUUGAAAAUACCACGACAGCUACUAGGCGUGUAAUAACGCGAGCAUUCACGCCUGGUUAUGAAUUGGCAAAAAGGUACGUCGAAUCGUGGAAUGAUGGAACACAGACGGCAUUUUUUAGACGAUUUUCUGAAAGCGUUCAACGAUUGGAUGCUGUUUAUUUGGUGCAGGAUAAUGUAAAGAGAGCAUUUGAGGAGUGGGUAAGGGGUAGUGGAGAUGGCAACAAUGGAUUUGGUGGUGGUGUAAUCGGUGGUAAUAAUGAAAAUAAAAAAGGCAACGAUGCUGAUCACGGAAACAACGAUAAUUAA